CACAGUCCAAUUGGUAGUAUCGUAGCGAGCAGCGAAACAAUAACAAUAACGAUGUCUCGACUCACGAUUUUCUUUGUUAUCGCUGUGGCGUACGGAGUCGUUGCAGACGGUAAAGUAGCAGAUUCACGUGCCGAGCAAUCCGGCAUCAUCUCGCCUGUGAUUGCGCACGGCGGACUCGGAUAUGGCGGCUACGCGGGUGGACUCGCAGGUGUAGGCCUCGCGGGCGCCGCGCUCGCUGGAGGCGCCGGUAUCGGUAUCGGUGGCCCAGCAGUCAUUGCUGGCGGACCCGCUGUCAUUGCUGGUGGCCCAGCUCUUGGUUCUGGUGCAGCAUUGAACAACGCAGCUGCCGUUGGAGCUGCUCAACUGAGCGCCAUCCAGAACGCACAAGCUGUCCAAGCUGCACAGAUUGCCAACUCAGCUGCCGCUGCCAUCCAAGGAGCGCGUGUCACUGAGGCGGCCGCCCGAGCUGGACAGGCUCACGCUAUCAACAACGCUGCCGCUUUAGAUGCUGCCCGUGUCGCUAACAUCCAGCGCGCUCAGGCUGCGGCUUGGGAGAACGCCAGGGCCGCGGAGGCCGCCAGACGUGCGGGAGCUGGAGCUGCACUGGAGGCUGCACGAGCUGCCGAGGCCGCGCGAUUGGCUGACGCCGCGCGUGUUCAAGCCAUUGCCAUCGCCAACACCCGCGCUGUAGAGGCCGCUCGCAUUGCCAACGCUGCCCGUGCCCAGGCCGCCGCGGUCGCUACCAGUGCCGCGCAGGCGCAGGCUGUAGCUGACGCGGUCGCUAGGAACGCUCAGGAUGGUGCCUUGUUGCUGGGCGGUGGUGGUGCGCUCGUCGGAGGUGGCGCCGUGCUCGCCGGACCCGGUGUCGCUGUUGGUGGACUCGGUGGCUACGGACUUGGACUCGGCGGUCUCGGCGGUCUUGGCGGCCUCGGCUACGCGACUGGCUACGGCUACGGUGCAGGUUACGGAGGUCUUGGCUACGGAGCUGGAAAACUCAUCCACCACUAGAGAGCAGUGAAUCGACCCAGAGAUUAUACCCUAUUGUCAUAGACAAACAGAUAAUAUCUACAUCCAUUUCGCAUUCUUCUAUAGAAAUGGUUAGCGGCAGAUCUUACGAGAUUUUGGACUGAUCAACGUCAUGUAAAUAUUUAACAAUUGGCAAUGAAGUCUGUCUUAUAAUUAAAUGUUAGCAUACACCGACUGAAUCUCUUUUUUCAUUGCACUGGAGGCAUGAGGUGAUGGCAAGAUUUUUAUCCUUGAUAGAGCUACCUCACAAUCGGUUAUUUGGUCAAGAAAAUGCGCGACACUUUUAUUACCGAUCUCUUCCUACUACAUCACUAUGCAUUUUAAUCAAAACUUCACCUGGUUACUCACCAAUAUGGAGUUUAAAGUCUCUAUAUACGUUUUACGCACGCAUAGAAUAUAAAUACUCAGUCUAUUAUGCAACGCAAUCUGGAAAAAUAUUACCUAUACAUUUCAUCAAGUGUAAUUACUGUGAAUAUUUCAUACUAUGAGCGUUUAUCCAUUUGUACAUAUAAUUGUAAAUGCAAAAACAGUAUAGUUUGUUUAUUUGUUCAAUAGUUUAUUAUCAUCAUCACAACAGCCACAAGACGUUUACUGCUGAACAUAAGCAUGCUUCCCCCAAUGACUUCUAAUGUUCAACGGUUAUGUUGAAGUCUCAGAACGCAGAGGUAGACUGAAGAUUAUAGACGAACUCAGUAUGUAAUAAAAUUGUAUAUCAGCCA